AUGUCUACAGCCUCUCCUCUCCACCAUGGCCAUGGCAACGGUAGCUACGCCAACUCGCCCGCUCCUACCGGCGUCACUGGCCGCGACGCUGGCGUCACUGCCGCUGCCGUCGCCGAUUCCGCCGUCCGUUCCGGCUCAGUCCCUGCCACGGGCUCUGGCAGCGCCCCUGGUUCCGCUUCGGGAUCGAUGUACGGCGAAGCUCACGCUCACCACAAUGCUCACCACCACCACUCGGCACACCACGCCCACUCGCACGGCGCUCUUGCUAGCCCCGUCAACGGUGGCCACAGCUCCAGCUGGUCCCCCUACGGAUACCCUUCGGCUCCUGUUUACGGAGGCAGCCCUAGCCCUUACGGCCACAAUGCUUACUCGCAGUAUGCCGGCGGUUACGGCUACACCAACGGUGGCCACGUUACCACUGCUCCCACUACCCCCGCUGCCAACGGAACCACCCACUACGCUUCCGUCAACGGCAUGAUGAUGCACCACGGCCAGCACGCUGGCUACGGCUACGGCAGCCACCACCUCGGAUCGCACACGCCUACUCAUACCCACAGCCAUUCUUCCGCCUAUUUCAUGAACGGUGACGGCUCUCACAGCCACCUCAACGGCUCGACGCACCUCUCUUCUCCCUCGUACACCUCAGCUCCUCAGUACUCGACUCAGUUGCCCCUUGCCGGACGACACCGCGUUACUACCACUCUGUGGGAGGAUGAGGGUACCCUUUGCUUCCAGGUUGAUGCUCGAGGCGUUUGCGUUGCUCGUCGCCACGACAACAACAUGAUCAACGGCACCAAACUUCUCAACGUCUGCGGCAUGUCCCGUGGUAAGCGUGACGGUAUCCUCAAGAACGAGAAGGAACGAAUCGUCGUCAAGGUUGGCGCCAUGCACCUCAAGGGUGUCUGGAUCUCGUUUGCCCGUGCCAAGCAGCUUGCUGAGCAGAACGGCAUUGCCGACGCUCUCUACCCCCUCUUCGAAUCCAACAUCCAGUCGUUCCUCUACCACCCUGACAACUACCCCAGAACCGCUGCUGUCAUUGCCGCUGCUCAGGAGCGUCAGGCUCAGCGACAGCGAGCUCCUGGUCUUCCCAGCCCAGGCGCCAACGGCACUUCGCAAGCUCCUCCUCUGAUGCGUGCCAACACCACUCCAUCUAACGGCGACACGUCGGGGUUUGGUAGCGCGUUGAGCAGCAGUACCAGCUGGUCCGGCUCUCACGACCAGGGCCACGCCUCGGCUCCCACUACUACUCAACCCUCUCCCUCGUCCAUGCACAACGGCACCGCUCAGAUGCACAUGAGCCUCUCGAGCCACGGCACUUCGUCGCCCACAUACUCUCAGCAGCAACAGCAACAGCAGCAAUACCCCCUCACCCAGGCCCAGCAGCUCGCUCGACCUGGCGUUGGUGACCGACGUCAAUCUGCGCCCAUCGCGCUCAACAACGUCAACGGCCACACUGACAACCCAUACGGCGCUGCCAACCUUGGCGCUGCCGCUCCCAACGGAGGGCUUGUCAAUGGCGCCCGCAAAGUGUCCGGCUUGAAGCGAUCUUGGGGAGAUGCCGAGGACCUCAACGGUUCUGCGACAGCUUCGCCUUCCGAUCGCGACAUGCAACGAAGCGGUAGCAGUGUAUCUAACGGCUACAAGCUCGAGGGUGACGACGCACACAGCCCGGACACAUCAGCUGAGCGCCUGGCUAAGAAGAACAAGGCAAUGCCUCAGCGUGGCGGUGCCGCCAUGCCCUCUAUGUCUGGCAACAUGCUUAUGGGUGUUGGCAACGGCAACGGCAUUCACCACGAGUAA